AAAAGAAGAAACAUUGAGAAAUCAGAUCCAGAGGUAGUUAAUCUGUCAAUCAUUCCAUAUAUAGACAUAACUGGAUCAGUCAAUCUAUCAAUCAAUCAAAUCGAAUUCAGGGAAUCAUCAAAGAGAAAAUUAAAAGAAAAAAAAGAAUGUCCUCUUCAUCAUCUGCUUUUGCACCGGACCACCACCAUGUUUCUCCUUCCGAGCAGCUCUGUUACGUCCAUUGCAACUUUUGUGAUACUGUCCUCGCGGUGAGUGUUCCUUGUACAAGCUUGUUCAAAACUGUGACAGUUCGAUGUGGCUACUGCACCAAUCUUCUGUCAGUGAACAUGCGCAGCCUGCUCGUUCCUACAGCUAAUCAGCUUCAUCUUGGACAGUCAUUCUUCUCACCUCAGAAUUUUAUG